AUGGAUUACGAGCCGAUGCUGUUGGACGGCGAGUCGGGAGGACCGUCGAUCAAGAUCUCAGGGGUACUACUUCCUCAAACCCUCCUAGGCGAUGGUUUCGAAACUGACAGUCCGGGACAUUUUCAGGCCGACAACAUCCACGUCAACUUCGACCUCUCAAACUGCGACCUCUCCUUCGCCAACUCUCUGCGUCGCGUCAUCCAGGCCGAAGUCCCAGUGAUCGCUAUCGACCUAGUUGAAAUCGAGGCCAACACAUCCGUCCUCGCCGAUGAGUUCAUCGCCCAUCGCCUGGGUUUGAUCCCCCUCCAAUCCAAGGACGUCAACAGCUUGCUUUACACCCGAGACUGCGACUGCGAGCAGUAUUGCGACAACUGCAGCGUAAAGCUCACGUUGCAUGCGCGAUGCUCGUCAGACGAGACCAUGAAGGUCUACGCCAGCGACCUCAUCGUCGACAGCUUCAGGCAGAAUGGCACCGUGGGGAACCCUGUUAUCCUUGAUCCCGAAGGACAAGGCUCUUUGAUUUGCAAGCUGCGCAAAGGGCAGGAGCUCAAGAUAUCUUGCAUCGCGAAGAAGGGCAUCGCAAAGGAGCACGCAAAGUGGAUGCCGACGUCUGCCGUCGGGUUUGAAUACGAUCCCCACAACAAACUGCACCAUCUAGAUAUGUGGUUCGAAGAAGAUGCCAAAGCUGAAUGGCCCGAGAGCAAGUACGCCAAAAUGGAGGACCCCCCGCAAGAAGGUGAAGCAUUCGACUACGAUGCGUUACCUGGCAAGUUCUAUUUCGAGGUCGAAGGUGUAGGCAGUCUGGAGCCGGAUCAAAUUAUCCAAGAAGGAAUCAAGAUUUUGCAGGAGAAGCUGGCCCUCACGCUUCACAUUCUCACAGGCGAAGCGGACGAAGAUGGCAUGGGCGACUUUGACGGCCCUCGGAGCCCCAACCUGGACAUGGACGGCGGCAACCCAUGGCAAGACCAAGGCUACACUACUCCUUUCAACGGCGGCAACCAAACCUCGUGGGGAGGCAACGCAACGACACCCUAUACCACCACUACUCCUUACGGCGCAUCCGGACAGUCUGGGUGGAACUGA